AUGGAUCAGGCAAAGUUGGCUCGCAUGCAGGCUAGCGUGCGGAUUGGCAAGGGCACUCCCCGCCGCAAGGUCAAGAAGGUCCACAAGUCCUCCGGCGCCGACGACAAGAAGCUCCAGGCUACCCUGAAGAAGAUGAACGUCCAGCCCAUCCAGGCCAUCGAGGAGGUCAACAUGUUCAAGGAAGACGGAAACGUCAUCCACUUCGGUGCUCCCAAGGUCCACGCCUCCGUUCCCUCCAACACCUUCGCUCUCUACGGUAACGGCGAAGAGAAGGAACUCACCGAGCUCGUCCCCGGUAUCCUGAACCAGCUUGGCCCCGACAGCCUCGCCUCCCUCCGCAAGCUCGCCGAGAGCUACCAGAACAUGCAGAAGAACCAGGCCGGCGCCGAGGGCAAGAAGGAUGAUGACGAGGAUGACAUCCCUGAUCUGGUUGAGGGCGAGAACUUCGAGAGCAAUGUCGAGUAA